AUGGGCGCGGCAACGUCCGGUACAGUACUGCAGAUCGAGCGCGGCAUCCCGACUGCAGCCACAGUCUUUCACGACACUUGUUGCAAGGCGACAAGCAAGUGCAACGUUGAUCGACAUACUUGGCGCAAGUCAACCUGCAACGGAGAUAUUAAGGCGAACGUGCCUCGUCACACGAUGGAGCCGCUCAACGAUGAGGAGCGCCAGUUGCUACUGUCCCCGCCACGUCGCAGCACUCCCACACAGACUCACGCGCCGUCCCACAUGGUGUUUGAGCCCCCACCACUGCGUCGCGACGCUGGCGGCACUUCACUGCACUUUACCAAGCAGCCAUCCGUUCAAUCACCAGCCAACGAGUCGCUGCCAAUCACUGCGCUCAAGGCCGAAUCUCCGCACUGUUACUCGCCCUACGGGACUACCAGGUUGUCCGUGGAAUCGUGGGGCUCGCACCGCAACGCGACUGACCCGCUCCACGGCUGGGAACACGGCGUCAUGGAAGCUCUACACGCUGCCCCCUGUAUCGCCAUCGCAGUGCUGGUCAACUUGAUGAUCUGUGUCCCGUUCGGACUGUCCUUCUUCCCACUGGAAUGGCAGGACAUCCCCGUGCCACACGCUCUUGGCAUUCAAAUGUUCUUACUGUCGUCCACAAUCUGCCAGUUUACAUUCGUGUGGCUUAGCAACUUCGACGGAACCAUUUGCCAGAUGAUGGUCGAGAACGUGCCGUUCAUGCACACGAUCUCUGUGGCUAUUAUCCAGGAACUCGGACCCAAGAACCCGAGCGUACUACCGACAAUUCUAGUUACCUACGCGCUCUCAUCUGUGGUCUGCGGAGCGCUGUUCUACGUGCUGGGACACUGGAAGCUCGGCAAUAUUGUGUAUCUCUUCCCGAAACACAUUAUCGUAGGCGCGGUUGGUGGUAUCGGCGCCUUUGUGCUUCAGAGUGGUAUUGAAAACGCUACAGGACGUGGAUUUGACUGGUCGUGGGACGGUGUCAAGGGUCUAUUCGAUGAAGAAAUCGUUUGGCUCUGGGUCAGCUCUGCUUUACUAGCACUGACGCUGUGGAUACUUGCUCGUCAUAUAAAGUCGCCGUUGUUCCCUCCGCUCUUCUUCGUGUCGAUUCCGCCACUUUUCUACGUGGUGUUGCUAUUGCUUGGCAUCUCGACGGACGCGGCUCGUGAACUUGGCUGGUUCUUCAGUCAUGCCCCGAACGUUGCGUUUUAUUCGCUAUGGGAGCAGUACGACUUCUCUCUUGUUGCGUGGCAUGUUAUUCCGAAGCAGUUCGGAACGAUCGUCAGUCUCACGUUCUUCUCACUGAUGCACGUGCCGAUUAACAUCCCGUCGCUGAGUCUCACGACUGAUAAGGAAGUGGAUAUCAACGAUGAGCUCGUAGCUCAUGGUAUCUCCAACACAUUGAGUGGAGUGUGCGGUACUGUGCAGAACUACCUCUGUUACUCGACUUCGGCAUUAUAUUUCAAGUGUGGAGGUGCUGGACGUCGCAGUGGCUUCGUGAUCGGCCUGAUCAUGAUGUUUUUCUUCUUCGUUGGACCCAAUGCCGUAUCCUACAUCCCUCGGUGCAUGGCUGGUUGUGUGAUGAUGCAUCUGGGAUGGGAUUUACUUCGAGAAGCGCUUAUCGACACGUACGACCAGCUAGAUGCGCUGGAGCUUGGUACAGUGUGGGCUAUCGCUGGAACGAUGACGUUCUGGGGCAUGAACCAAGGUCUGGCUGUCGGAGCGUUGCUGGCUUGUAUGACCUUCGUGAUGCAGAGUGCACGUACACCAACUAACGCUCCAAUCCGAGGCAGUAUGAGCGCAGCAACGCUGCGUAGCCACGCGUGGCGCAUGACGGAUGAGCUGGAUGUGUUGGACCGCGAGUGCCGUAACAUCCACGUCGUGCAGCUGAAAGGCCACCUUUUCUUCGGUAAUAUCAACCAACUCAGUGACUACGUUCGCGAAUUGUUUGAGGAAGGUCAUGACACGGCAAGUAGUGGGGUGGAGUCUCCACUUCAGAGCGUACUUAGCGACGAUAUUCGACCCAGGGCCGAUAUCCGCUGGCUCGUACUCGACUUCACGUUGGUCGUGGGAUUGGAUUCGUCUGCAGCAGAUCGACUCACUAAGAUCAAGUACGCGUGUGAUACUCACAACUGCAAGAUUGUGUUUGCUGCUGUGCCAAAGGCUUAUGCGAAGUUCACGGAGCAUUUGAUCGAUCUAUUUGGUGACAACUGUAUGCUCCAUGUUGCUUCAGAUCUGGACAGUGCGCUUGAGUGGUGUGAGGAUGAUAUUCUGGGCAAGAAUGCGUGUAAAGAAGGCUCUCCUGCGAGUACCUGUGCUGCCGAUGAAGACGAGCUCACACAUCUGCGUAACCUGCGGAGAUUCAUGCCGGACCAGCCGCUUUCAGUGCAACAAAGGCUGCUGGAUUACUUCCAAAUCCAGGAGAUCGACAAGGACGAAGUGGUGUGGAGACAAGGCGACACCUCGGAUCGUGCUCUGCUGUUAGUGGAUGGAGCGCUCACUGCUGUGGUCGAGGAAGAGGCUGGCACUACUGAAAAGGUGUCGAUAGGCUCGGUAGUAGGCGAGAUGUGCUUUUUGACGGGUGAGAAGCGCAAGACUUCGCUUAUUGCAACUAAACGCAGCGUCGUCUACGUCUUGGACCGCAAGAGUUUCGCGGAGAUGUUGGAAAAGGAUUGCUAUCUGGCGUUUCUCUUCCAGGGCAUUUCAUUGCGCUAUACGUCGUACAGAUUACAAUACGUGGGCAACCGCAUCUGGGAGACCAAGUGUAUGCCGAUCUAG